GAUAAGAUUAUUGAAAAUAUUGAGAAUACUUAUCUUAAAAUAGGUAUGCUAUUAAUUAGUAUUGGUAUUGUGUAAGUAACAAAAUGCAUGUUCAUUAACCAACCAAAUCUCAAAAAGUAAGAUGGUAAUAAUAUUUAAUGAAAACGAUGAUGAAUCUGUGAUAGAAAGUAGACAUGGGUCGGUGAUUUUUGACGAGAAAAAAUGGACUUUACCGGAAUUACUUAGUACUUUUUCUUCGCUAAAUUUGGAGGAUUUGUUUAAGGAAUACACAGAAAAAAUCGAUCAUGGUUAUUUUUCUUUGUUUUUAAUUUUAGAAACAGUAAUGAGUUUUUCUCAUUGCCUUAUAGUAAUAUUAAGUGUUUAUGAUCAAAAGGAGUAUUUAUUAAACGACUUACCGGACAUAGUUUUCUACUUCUGCACGUUUUUGGUAUCGGCGGUGGGAGUUUUAACCAUAGACACGAUAGUGCGUAAAACGAAAAGAUGGAAACUCUUUCAGCUUUUCUGGUUUUUCCUCGUGUUCACGCAAAACAUAUUCGUGCCGUUGUAUCACAACUAUUCCGCGACAGUGCCGAAGUUGAGGCCCACAUAUUCAUCCGUCCUCGUGAUUUCGUGCUACAUGUUUUUCAGUGUUUUUAGCAACAAAGUGGCGAUUUUAUGCGGGCUCUUGGUCUCGACUUCACACAUUUUGACCAUGUUUUUUACUACUUAUGUGGAUACUUCCAAAACGUGGGAAAGGAUUUUAUCAGAUGUCAUUUUUUCAACGUGCCUUAACGGACUGGGCAUUUAUUUUAGAAUAAUAAGUGAAAUAAUUAAAAGAAGAAGUUUUUUGGAUAGAAGGGAAUGCGUUGUUUCCACAAUGGAAUUCGAACACGAACAAAAACAACAAAAUAAACUUUUACUAAGCAUUAUUCCAGAAAGCAUACUAGAAAAAGUAAAAAAAUCCAACAUGGAAAGACAGUUGAAGAACGAUAAAAUAUUUUCCUUUAAUAACAAGUCGUUAGAAGAAUACAACAACGUUACAAUAUUAUUCGCUGACAUUGUCAACUACACAAAAAUGACAAAAAAAUUGGACAUCAAGGACCUGCUCAUCACUUUGAACGAACUUUUUUGCAGUUUUGACGAUUCAUCUGACAAACACAAAGUGACAAGAAUUAAGUUCUUGGGCGAUUGCUACUACUGCGUGGCAGGGUUGCCGCCAACACCAACGGAAAACCACGCCGACGCCUGCGUAGACCUCGGCCUGGACAUGAUACGCAUUAUAGCGGAUGUUAGGAGAAAGAGGGAGUUGGACGUAAACAUGAGGAUUGGCACUCAUUCCGGGUCGCUGAUUGGCGGGAUUAUCGGCGAGGUUAAGAUUCAGUUCGAUAUUUGGUCGGAUGAUGUUAAUUUGGCUAAUAUUAUGGAGACGGAGGGCGAGGCAGGAAAAGUUCAUAUAACCCAACAAACCAAAGAUCGGUUGAAGAAAAAGUAUAACAUAGAAAAAACAAAUAAAAGGGAAGAAGAGGCGUUUUUUAGAGAACGAAAUUUAAAUACGUACCUUGUAUCUCCAGAGGAACCUUCAAACUCAGAGUCAACGAUUUUUUUGCACGAGUUGCAGAAAAUGCAGGAAAUUACAGAAGAUGAGGAGACUCAGGAACCAGAAAAUGAUCCAGUAAAACGACUCACUCUUAUUGAGUUAAAUAAUUUAAACAUUUCUACGGAAAUUUUAAAGAAUUCUUCCCCUAUACAACAACAAUUUAACAUACCAAAAUCGCAAGAGGAAUUCUGCACCCCUCCGUCCACCCUUCGCCGCCAAUCAGCCUUCAUAAAACGCAACGAACGCGCCCGACCGAAGCUCUCAGGUCCCCUUCAAACGGUGGAGGAACCCGCCGCCGACAUCGCCGCCGCCAGAACGUCGCACAAGGAUCUGGGGGCGGUGCGCAGGAUGACGCUGACGCCGCGACGCAGGACGGUGAGCGUCGGCACGGGCAGCAACAGGCCGAGCACCUCGGAAAGGAGGACGGCCUUUUUUGCUUACAACAAGAAGAGGUUCGACGAGAGACAGAUGGCGGUCAAUGAGAGGAUGAAGGGUCAGAUUGCUAAGAUGUCUUUUUCAAAAUACGAGCAAUUUAUUAAAAACAAAGAAGUAAAUGGCUUAAUGUUUUUUCCAAAUAAAACAGACGAAAUAAAUUAUAUUAAACAAAUGGAUCCCCUAUUUAAAUACUACGUAAUCAGUGAAUUAAUGGUACUGAUAUGCGUUUACAUAAUACAAAACUUAACACUAGAAAGUUGGGAUUUUUCCGGGUGGUCGUUCUAUUUAGGGGUUGCCAUAAUUUUGGCGAUUUUGACGCCACUGACCUGGACAAACUAUCUAUGGAACACAUAUGUGGAGACUUUACCACCAACCAAUAGAUUUAUUAAAAUGUUGUACAAUUCUUCUCAGUUUAUUGUAAAAAAUUUCUGGGCCAGACACGGAAUUUAUAUAUUAACCAGUUUGGUUUUUGGUUAUUGUGUUCUAUCAGAUGUUGUUAGUUGUAGAAAAGAAGAUGAAUUUGUAGAAAGAAAACAUAGUUUAUUUAAACUUUUUCUUUUAAAAACUUUAGAUGAUACUCCUUUGAAUAUACAGUGUACUAUACCUUGGCAUAUGACUGAAACUUGUGGAUUAGCCAUAAUUAUGACAUUUAUAUUUUUAAGAAUAUUUAUUUGGAUAAAAUUCGCUGUAGGAAUAAUUAUUUUGACAAUUUAUGCUUACUGCGUGUUUUCAUUUAGCGAGCAGUUUUAUAAGAAUAACGAAACCUUUAACAAUAACUUGAAACCUCAAACCGCCCAUGUGUUGGUUUUGAUUUUCUUGCUGUUCACCUUGCACCUGAUAGAUAGGCAAACGGACUACAUGAACAGGCAGGACUUUUUGUGGAAUAAAAAGUUGAGGCGUCAGCAAAAAAGGGCCAACGACGUGCAAGCUGUCAACAAAAGUAUUCUGCUCAACAUUUUGCCCGAGCAUGUAGCAACGUUGUAUUUGGACGUUAAAAAAGAAGAGACACUUUAUGCUGAAUUUAAUCAGAAAGUUGCUGUAAUGUUUGCGACCAUUUUAUACGAAAAGGUUGACGGGAAUUCCGAAAGUAACUUUCUAAACCUAAUGAAUCACUACAUCUCUGAAUUUGACAAAUUGACUCUUCGGCCAGAAUUCAACAAAAACAUCGAAAAAAUCAAGAUUGCCAAGUGGACUUACAUGGUCGCAUGCGGAUUGGUCGACGACAGCAUAGAAACGCACUCUUCGCAACACGUUGAACCAAUCACAACCCUCAUACGGUUCGCAUGCGCGAUGAUGAAAAAGUUGAGGGAGUCCAACGAGCAGCAAUCGCAGGACUUCAAACUGAGGAUAGGGAUAAGUCACGGCCUGGUGGCCUCUGGAGUGGUCGGAUCAAAAAAACCACUUUACGACAUUUGGGGCGAUCCAGUGAACAUGGCCUCCCGUAUGGACACUACAGGGUGUCCGAACAAAAUUCAGGUUUUGGAGGAGACUGCGUUGGCGAUACAAAAGGAGGGUUUCAAGUGCGACUUCCGCGGUGCCGUCAAGGUUAAAGGUUUCGAGGGCAACAGCAUGGUGGAUACUUAUUUUGUGUCCAUGGACGAUGACUAUAAUUUGAUAAAUAUUGGAAGGAAAGAUAGUGCGUGGGAACAGGUUAAAACAUCGAUGACGCAGUUCAUGAUGGCCUCGCGAUGCCCGUCGCCAAUGAAAACGGCGUACUUCACCUCGUCCAAUAGCGUGGCGUACGCGUCGACGCACACCAUGACGACCCCGCGUUCCUCGUCCAUUCGGAUGAGCUCGGCGCACUUCGGCACGAACAUCUGCAGCGCCUUGAGCAGGAAGUCUUUCGUCUGAGGCGUGUCGAUUUUGUGCAGGGUGACGCAGAAUUGCAAAAGAGCUUCCACGGAAGCUUUACGUAUGUCGUCUUGAGGAUAGUUUAUAAGUUUGAAGAUUUCCUCGAAGGAUUUUUCGAUGUAAGGUAGGAAAGCGGCCC